CUGGGCAGCGGGCGGAGGCAUAUCAGGCUGGGCAGCAGACAGAGGCACAUCAGGCUGGGCAGCAGGCAGAAGCACAUCAGGCUGGGUAGCGGACCAUCAGGCUGGGUAGCGGGGCACCAGAUCAUCAAGCUGGAUAGGAUCAUCAGGCCGGAUCAGGUCAUCAGGCCGGGUAGCGUACACUGGAUUAUCAGGCUGGGUAGCGUACACUGGAUUAUCAGGCUGGGUAGCGUACACUGGAUUAUCAGGCUGGGUAGCGUACACUGGAUUAUCAGGCCGGGUAGCGUACACUGGGUCAUCAGGCAUCAGGGCAUCAGGCUGAACAAUGGAAGGCGGGUUCACAGACGGCAGGCUGACCGGUUUGGAUACUGGUAGGAUGGUACUGGUUCUGGAAAGA